UAAUAGUGAGCCUGCGAUUGCCUCAGCAGGAGAGUGUGCUCUAGUGACUUGGGAAGCGUGGGUUCCCCGAUAGGGAGCGGGGCAGGUUAUAACUACUCCUUUAAGGAGGGGGAUCGCUGAGGUCACGGUCGUGGGUUUGCACUGUCGGCUGGGCGGCGCCAUGGCGGAAAGAAAAGGAACAGCCAAAGUGGACUUUUUGAAGAAGAUUGAGAAAGAAAUUCAACAGAAAUGGGAUACUGAGAAAAUAUUUGAGGUCAAUGCAUCCAAUUCAGAGAAGCAGGCUAGCAGCAAGGGCAAGUACUUCGUAACCUUCCCGUAUCCAUACAUGAAUGGGCGGCUUCAUUUGGGACACACGUUUUCUUUGUCCAAAUGUGAGUUUGCAGUAGGGUACCAGAGAUUGAAAGGAAAGAUUUGCCUGUUUCCCUUUGGUUUACACUGUACUGGAAUGCCUAUUAAGGCAUGCGCUGAUAAGUUGAAAAGAGAAAUAGAGGUAUAUGGUUGCCCUCCUGAUUUUCCAGAUGAAGAAGAGGAAGAGGAAGAAGUCAGUGCUAAAACAGAAGAUAUAAUAAUUAAGGAUAAAGCUAAAGGAAAAAAGAGUAAAGCUGCUGCUAAAGCUGGGUCUUCUAAAUACCAGUGGAGCAUUAUGAAAUCGCUUGGUCUGGCUGAUGAAGAGAUACUCAAAUUUUCUGAAGCAGAACAUUGGCUUGAUUAUUUCCCACCACUGGCUAUUCAGGAUCUGAAGAGAAUGGGUUUAAAGGUAGACUGGCGUCGUUCCUUCAUCACUACUGAUGUUAAUCCUUACUAUGAUUCAUUUGUCAGGUGGCAGUUUUUAACAUUAAGAGAAAGAAAUAGAAUUAAAUUUGGGAAACGGUAUACCAUUUAUUCUCCAAAAGAUGGACAGCCCUGUAUGGAUCAUGACAGACAAACUGGAGAGGGUGUUGGCCCUCAGGAAUAUACUUUAAUCAAGUUGAAAGUGCUUGAGCCAUAUCCACCCAAAUUAAGUGGCCUGAAAGGGAAAAAUAUCUUCUUGGUAGCUGCUACUCUCAGACCUGAGACCAUGUUUGGACAAACAAACUGUUGGGUUCGCCCUGAUAUGAAGUACAUUGGGUUCGAGACAGCAAAUGGUGAUAUAUUCAUUUGCACCCAAAGAGCUGCCAGAAAUAUGUCAUACCAGGGCUUUACCAAAGACAAUGGCGUGGUGCCAGUUGUUAAGGAAUUAAUGGGAGAGGAAAUUCUUGGUGCAUCGCUUUCUGCACCUCUAACAUCAUACAAGGUGAUCUAUGUUCUCCCAAUGCUCACCAUUAAGGAGGAUAAAGGUACUGGUGUAGUCACAAGUGUUCCUUCUGACUCUCCUGAUGAUUUUGCCGCCCUCAGGGAUUUGAAGAAAAAGCAAGCCUUACGAGCAAAGUAUGGAAUUAGAGAUGACAUGGUCUUGCCAUUUGAGCCAGUGCCAGUCAUUGAAAUCCCUGGUUUUGGAAAUCUCUCUGCUGUAACCAUUUGUGAUGAGUUGAAAGUUCAGAGCCAGAAUGACCGAGAAAAGCUUGCAGAAGCAAAAGAAAAAUUAUAUCUAAAAGGGUUUUAUGAUGGUGUAAUGUUGGUGGAUGGAUUUAAAGGACAGAAGGUUCAAGACGUAAAGAAGAACAUUCAGAAAAAGAUGAUUGACACUAGAGAUGCAUUUAUUUACAUGGAACCAGAGAAACAAGUCAUGUCCAGGUCAUCAGAUGAAUGCGUUGUGGCCCUGUGUGACCAGUGGUACUUGGAUUAUGGAGAAGAGAACUGGAAAAAGCAGACAUCCCAGUGCUUGAAGAACCUGGAAACAUUCUGUGAGGAGACCAGGAGGAAUUUUGAAGCUACCUUAGGUUGGCUCCAAGAGCAUGCUUGCUCAAGAACUUAUGGUUUAGGCACACAUUUGCCUUGGGAUGAACAGUGGCUGAUUGAAUCACUCUCUGAUUCUACUAUUUACAUGGCAUUUUACACUGUGGCCCACCUAUUGCAGGGGGGGGACUUGCGUGGACAGGCAGAGUCUCCACUGGGCAUCAGACCGCAGGAAAUGACCAAGGAAGUUUGGGAUUAUAUUUUCUUUAAGGAGUCUCCAUUUCCUAAGACUCAGAUCCCAAAGGAAAAAUUAGAUCAGUUAAAGCAAGAGUUUGAGUUCUGGUAUCCUGUGGAUCUUCGAGUCUCUGGAAAGGAUCUUGUUCCUAAUCAUCUUUCAUAUUACCUGUAUAAUCAUGUGGCUAUGUGGCCAGAAGAAAGUGACAAAUGGCCUGUAGCUGUGCGAGCAAAUGGACAUCUUCUCCUCAACUCUGAGAAGAUGUCAAAAUCUACGGGCAACUUUCUCUCUUUGACCCAAGCCAUUGACAAAUUUUCAGCUGAUGGAAUGCGCUUGGCUCUCGCUGAUGCUGGUGAUACUGUUGAAGAUGCUAACUUUGUGGAAGCCAUGGCAGAUGCAGGUAUUCUCCGUCUGUACACCUGGGUGGAGUGGGUGAAAGAAAUGGUGACCAACCGGGAUAGCCUAAGAAGUGGUCCUGAUAGCACCUUCAACGAUCGAGUUUUUGCCAGUGAAAUGAAUGCAGGAAUUAUAAAAACAGAUCAAAACUAUGAAAAGAUGAUGUUUAAAGAAGCUUUGAAAACAGGGUUUUUUGAGUUGCAGGCUGCAAAAGACAAGUACCGUGAGUUGGCCAUCGAGGGGAUGCACAGAGAUCUUGUGUUCCAAUUUAUUGAAGUUCAGACCCUGCUCUUGGCUCCAUUCUGUCCACAUGUGUGUGAGCACAUCUGGGCACUCCUGGGAAAGCCCAGCUCAAUUAUGUAUGCUUCAUGGCCCAUUGUUGGUCCUGUGGAUGAAACCUUGAUACGGUCCUCACAGUAUCUCAUGGAGGUGGCACAUGACCUUAGACUGCGACUGAAGAGUUAUAUGAUGCCAGCUAAAGGGAAGAAGACUGACACACAACAGCCCCAGAAGCCUUCGCAUUGUACCAUCUAUGUGGCAAAGAACUAUCCGUCUUGGCAACAUACCACGCUGUCAGUUCUGCACAGUCACUUUCAGAACAAUGGUGGAAAAUUGCCUGAUAACAAAAUCAUUGCUAGUGAACUAGGCAGUUUGCCAGAAUUGAAGAAAUACAUGAAGAAGGUGAUGCCGUUUGUUGCCAUGAUGAAGGAAAAUCUGGAGAAGGUGGGACCCCGUGUUCUGGAUUUGCAGUUAGAGUUUGAUGAACAGACAGUGCUUAUGGAGAAUAUAGUCUACCUGACCAAUUCCCUUGAGCUAGAACAUAUAGAAGUCAAGUUUGCCUCUGAAGCAGAAGAUAAAAUCAGGGAAGAAUGCUGUCCUGGGAAACCACUUAAUGUUUUUAGAACAGAGCCUGGUGUGUCAGUUUUCAUAGUGAAUCCCCAGCCAUCCAAUGGUCACUUCUCAACCAAAAUUGAAAUCAGGCACGGAGAUACCUGCGAUUCUAUAAUCAGGCGUUUAAUGAAAAUGGACCGAGGAAUCAAAGAUCUUUCCAAAGUGAAACUGAUGAGAUUUGAUGACCCACUGUUGGGACCUCGGCGAAUUCCUGUCCUGGGAAAAGAGCAAACUGGGAAGACCCCCAUUUCUGAGCACGCUGUUUUCCACAUAGACCUCAUGAGCAAGAAAGUUUAUCUUAUGGAAAAUGGGCUCCAGGAAGAUAUUGGUGAUACAGUGGUCUAUCUGAUUCAUUAGACUCUUGCAAACUGGAGAUUUUUUCUGGUUUCUGGGGAUGCUGUUUGGUGCCUACAGGUUGACGAUGAGAACCUUAGGCUGGACCUAUAUAGAUUUCAUCUAACCAUUCAAUUCUGCAUAUAAUCAUAAUUAUACUAAGUCAUCUUGGAUUCCUGGACCUAAUAAAUUUUUUUCCUUAGAGCCUCCAAGAGAAACAGUUUGUCACACUUUUUUUUUUAAUUUAAAAACAUUACUGCUAAUUCCCAGCAGCUUCCAACCUUUCACAUUAACACAAAAGUGUCACUAUGCUUCUGUAAGGUGUACUUCAUACUACUCCUGAAGGCUAAAGGCAUGUCUAAGAGCUUUUUAUAUCCAUUAUGGAGGUGGCCUUAUUUCUCCUUUAAAGAGAAAAAAGUACAUUAGGCAGCUAGUUUUGUGUUUUAAACAAAAGAACUCUCAUGACCAUUUAAAAGAAUAAAUGAGAAUAUGUUGACUUGACCACUAUUUUGUAUAAAGAACAAAAACAGUCUUGUAUUUAUAAGAUUUUUUAGCUUUAAUAUAUUCAGUUAACCACCAAUAUGUUUUCCAAGGCUUAUAGUAAUAGUUUGUAAGCAGUUUGUUUCAGCUAUACUAACUUUAGGCAUUUUAGAAAGAGGGGACUUCUUUCUACCCAGAAAACUGCAGUUAUCAAAUUUGUCUUGAGUCCAAUUGUAUUUAAAGACCAUGCCAACUGUAUUGCAGAUAUUGCAAAAAAAUUUUUUUUUUAUUCUUGCUGGAAUGUCUGUGUAUAUUAUUUGUGCCAUCUGUCUUCAUAAUGAGGAAACAAUACUAGGUGUUGACUGACAGAGGAGAAAAACUUUUCCAUUGCUUAAAGGAUUCAGUAUGGGAAAGACCAAUUCUGAUAACCUGAAGGAGCCUGAAUUCUUUCAGAUCAUGUAAAGAGAUUUUGUUGAGCUUCUUUAUUUUGCUUGGCACAGUUUGAGAUUUCUAGGCCUAGUUGAGUGCUUGUAAUGGAUUCAUCAAAGCAGAUCAUAGAACAUAGGAGUUGAAAGAGCCUUUGGAGAUCAUCACAUGCAAAUCACCCCUGAACUGUUUGGGGCAGGCACUAGAGUGUAGUAGGUUAGAUUACAGGUGCUGAGGUCAGGCCAGCUGGUUGGACUCCAUUUCUUCAAUUUGCUACUUUGCUGAUCAUAGCCCCUUACUCAGCCCAUUUUCUCCACCUAUUAAAUAGAACUAAUAAUGUGCCUACUUUUCUAGGCUUAUUGGGAGAUGGUGAGAUGAAACCAUCUAGAAAAAUCCUGUAUAUAGUAUAGUGCCUUGCAAGUGGUAACCUUUCUGUAAUGUUGAUGAUGAUGAUGAUGAAGAAGAACCUUCAGUAAAUGUUAGUGAAUAAUAAUAAUAAAACAACCAACCAACCAGGGCAUAUUGGCUUAGUAUUACUAUAGGCUAUGAUCAUGUUAUUUGUAUCAGUUCCUUUGGGGCAGCUGCUUUGUGUUUGCCCUCCUUUAGAUUCAUUCUUUUGCUGCUCCCUCAGUCCGCAUAACCUUAGUUAUUCCCCAAAUCAAAGUACUCUUUCCUGGUUCCUAAACACAAGCCUUCUUAUGUUUAACUGAGGCUAAUUAAACUGUGUGCGUGGGGAGAAAAGGAGAGAGGAAAAUAACUUUAUUAUUGUGGGUGAUUGUGCCUGUUUUAUGAAACGAACCUGUGAACCUAUGCUACAUUGGAUUACAUGGGAGUUGGGAUUCAUGGCUGCUCAGUUUCCUCAGCCUCACUUCCCCAGAGUCUCUCUUAGAGUGAGCAUCUUGCUGGGCUGAAGAAGCUUUUUGUGUUUGACAGCAUGUAGGUUUUGUACAAGGAAGCCUCUAAGCAUAAGCCAUUACUUCAUGUGGUGCUCAACUGAAAAAACAGCAAUUAGUUGAAAUGCUGAGGGAAAAACAGGUUGCACUGGGCUUAUUGUAUUGAUAGGAGAGUCAUUCCUUCCUAAAGGACUUUAAUGCACAUUUUUAAGUUGUGAAAUAAAAUGCACCACACAAAAUGUGAACAAGAAAUAUAUAGUGUACACAUAAGACAUGUAAAAUACAUACAAAACAUGAACAACAGCAAGACAGACUUUAUCAACAAAGCAGAAAUCUAUAUACUCACCAGCCAGUCAAGGAAUAGCAAGUAGUACAACGUCAGCACCUCAGAAGCCUGCCUUCUGCCUCCUCCCAUAAGACAAGCUUGUGGCCCGUAUAUGACCCAGUUUUUAUACACGGUCCAUGUAAGUUUGAAAAGAAUGUCUGUUCUGCCAUCGUAGACUUCUAGAGAUGUGAAUUAGGUCAUAGUUACAGAUUGUCAAAUCUACAGACUAGUCAAAUCUGUAUUGUAUUCUUUUGCUUGAUCAGUUUUACUCAUUGUUUAGAGGUGUACUAAGAUUAAAAUCUCUCACGACCUAUUUUGACUUAUUUUUCCUUCUAGUUCAGAUAGUUUUUGUUCAUUCCAGUCCACUGACCUUGACUGCCAGGUUACAUCGGUGUUACACAAACCAUUCCUGUUAUGUUAACAAUGGCUGGACUUUUUCCAGACAGACCUCAUGUAUAUUUUAAAUCAUAAUAUUUAUCUACGAUCACAAUUCUUUCUUGUCUUCUCCCCUUAAAUAUUUGUAUCUUCUCACACAGUGAGAACUCUGGUUCCCAAGAACCUCAAUAUAUUUACUCAUUUGUUCUGUUAAUAAUUUCAGAGUUACCAAUCAAUACUACUAUUAACAACAAACCUAUAUAUGUAUACAUAUAUAUACACGUAUACACACUCAUGUAUAAAUUUUUGUAGUUCUUUGUGUCUUUAAAACAAAGACAGUACAUUUUUUUCAAAUAUUACUUGAAUGAAUUCUCUAUUUGAAAUUUUAGUCCUUUCUCUUAUUCAACUUUUUAGUUGGCUUUUUUCCGUUUAUUUUUUUAAUAAGUAAAAUACAUGGUUUUAAAAAUCAAACUGUAUUCAUUCAGGGAAUUUGUACUCUUGCAUGACAUUCCCACCCCACAUAGCUAGUCAUUUUUAUUAGUUUCUGAACUUUUUUCCAUGUUUCUUCUGAAAAUAAAGCAAAUAUUUAUAUGUA